UGGAUGAGAUGGGAAUGAAUGUGGAGGGUAUCAGGAAUGAUCUUGAAGAAUUGUGCCUCACAAAAAAAGAGAGAUCGAGGAUAUCAUCGACAGCAAAUUUCAGGACGAGCAGAACACCAUGAACGAGACAUUGAGGAAGAACAUCGAGGAACUGAAAGUUACCAUCAAGGGCACGUCUUCUCCACGACCGUGGUGUCGGUCAUGAGCAACGCACUGCUCACGUUCGCCGAGUUCAGCUGCGUGGUGCACAGGCUCUUGCGCAGUGUCUUCGUGAGGGGGGCCAUCGUGGUGGCCGCCGAGGCCGCGCUGGUCGCCGUUGUGGCCACCCUGCCCUACGCCCUGGAGGCGAACGGGGGCGUGUGGACGCUGUUCGUCGUGCAGUCUCCAGGCGUAUUCCUCGCCACCGCCCUGGCCACCAUCCUCGCUCGGAGAGCCGCCCUCGCCGACAACCCUGCCCUGAGGGACGCGGUCCGCUUGGCCAGCACGGCCGGGGCGCUGCUCAGCACGGCGAUGGUGCUGUCCUUCGUCGAGUGCAGCAUCGGCUUCGAGCACGGCUUCUUCCCCGGGUGGUGGGGCUUCCCGUGGCUCCACAUUUGCAUCCACCUCCUGGAGCAGGUCGGCAUCUACAUCUUCGGGGUGGGCAUCGCCGCGCUCGACGCGGCGCUGGCGGACCCAGCGCAGGAGGGCG